AUGAGCAUAGAUGGAUUGCAAGGUAGAUUAUAUAAUCAAGUAAUCAACAUCACUUCUUUAGAGAAUGAUCCAUUGCAUAUUGGUACAUUGACUGCAAGAGAUAAUACCACUUCUUACCCAAUAACAGUCAUUGAAGCCAAUCCAGAAUCUAUUGAUUUUCCCAAUUUGUAUUGUAAAAUUACUACAGCCAAACAUGAUAUUCAGAAACCAAAUAAAAUACUUCAAAAACAAUCAUCAAAAGAGAAUAGAGAGAGCCCAAAAAAUUUUCAUCUUUUAGCAAGGUAG